AUGCGUUUGGGUUGGCCGACGGGCACCGAGGACGUGCUCAGGGUGAGGAGCGGUUUCGUCGCGUCCUUCGACGCGCGAACCCGGAACCCGAGGUGGGUCCUGGAGGUCAUCAACCCGCGCACCAUGUCGGGGCCGGGCAACAGGCGACGCUCGGAGUUCGUGGAGGAUGCGGAGACGCCGGAGCGAUUUCGCGCCAAGCUCGCCGACUACAGGGGAACGGGGUACGACAGGGGCCACCUCGCCGCGGCCGCGGGGCAUAAAGACAGUCAGCGCGCCAUGGACGAGACGUUCGAGCUCAUCAACAUCUCCCCGCAGGUGGGCGACGGGUUCAACCGAGACUACUGGGCCAGGCUCGAGAGGUUCACGCGCGAGCUGUCGGGGAGGAGCGGCGGGGACGUGCUCGUCGCGACGGGGCCCCUGUUUCUCCCGACGCCCACCACGCGUUGGCGAAUGGACUACAACCUACUGGGAGAGGCUCCCGAGCUCGUCGGAGUACCGACGCACUUCUUCAAGGUUAUACUGGCCACCUCGCCGGAGACGAAGGCGGUCGCGGCGGCGGCGUUCGUCCUGCCCAAUGCGCCCAUACCCGCCGACACGCCGCUCGAGAAGUUCGCCGUGCCCCUGGAAAGAUUGGAGGCGGCGUCCGGCUUGA